GAACAUCACAUCCCUAACUACUGUUUUAUACUUGUUGUGUAUGUGUAUCUUUUCAUCUUUUCGCAUUUUUGGGUGUUGACACAUGUUUACUAAAAAAAGGUUUUGUUUCCUUUCCGCUUAAUUAAUUAUGGGCGUUGAACCUUCCGAUUGCAACAAGUUAUAUAUCAGAUUGCCAGUGAAGAUAAAAGACGAAUUUCAAAUAAGAGAUUUGCAUCAGAAUAUUGUCCAAGUACAUCUACCCAGGCAGAAGUCAAGACGCUGGUGCAUAAUAGAUUUCGAAACUAAAGAAAAACUUCAAGAAGCCUUGGUUGCUUUGAGGAAGUUACGAAUAGACGACAAAUCAAUCAGAAUCAGUGCCUAUAAAAAGGGAGAAAACAAGACUACCAAAUCUGUAAAGACAGUUAAAUCCACUAAACCAUUGCUAAAACUGUUGAAGAAGAAUACAUAAAAUUUAAUAUUAAGUAGUAAUUAGUACAGCAUGGGGGUCACAUUCAUCGGAAACCCUUUUGAUCAAGAAACAGAAUACGAUGAUAGUGAUUGGGAAAUGAACGCAGUGGAGGACUGGAUUAUGCCACCCCAAGAAGUUGCGUUCGCCGAUGAUGUGGAACGGGCACCAAUUAAUAUAAUUUUGGCGCCAGAUGAUGAUUCCUCAGAUUCCCUAGCAGAUCAAUACAGCGAUGAGGAAUAUAAUCCUGAGGAUGACGACAACUAUGAUUUCAAUGAUGAGGCCGAGUUCGACUCCUACUUCGAUUCAAAUGAGGAUGAUGAUGAUGAGGAGAUCGACUAUGUUACAUAUCCACUAAGUGAGCCGGACAUUUCAGAACUAGAUAAACCAACCAUAACCGAUACUAUCAACACGGGCGAAAGCAGCGACACCGACUGAUUGUUAAUGUAUCUCAUUUAUUAUUUUGUUUAUAUAAUGUUUACAACACUUUUCAAUGUUUCGGUAUGUUCUGUUAAGUAAAAUUUUUAAUUUUUUUUCAAGGUCGGAGUUGCGAAAAUACCGCUAAAAUCUCUAAAGUACAGUUGUAAGGAUUUUAAAAAUUAGUCGUUUUAGUUCAUUAUGUAAUAUAAAAAUAUAUAUAUGUUAAUACUUCAAAUGGAAUUUUUCUGACAUUUAUUGUUAUGAUAUUUAGUCGUAAUAGAUAUUCAUAUGGUAUAUGGUUUAUAUGUGUAAAUAUAGUAAUUUUAGUGGUUGUAGGUAAAUAUCUCUGCCUUGAAUACCUAUUACGACCAAUUUUUUUCUAUGUAUUAUGUUUUGUUUUACUUGUUAGGGAUAAUUUCUAGUUUUAUAAAUAUGUAAAAAAUGUUAGUCACUAAUUAAAUUAGGUUUUUGUAAACAGUAUACUUAAUAAAAUAAAUUUAUUACU